AUGAGUUUUUAAACAACAGACUCGAAAAAAGAAGAAUUUAGAAAAUACUUAGAAAAGGCUGGAGUGAUUGACCAGCUUACAAGAGUAUUGGUUGGGUUAUAUGAAGAACCAGAGAAACCUAACAAUGCAAUUGAUUACGUGAAAAAGUAUUUAGGAUCACCAGUUGAUAUUGAUGUAGAUAAACUUAAAUUAGAGUAUGAAAAACUAAAGGAUGAAAACAUCAAAUUAAAGAGAGAAGUUGCAGAAUUAAAAAAAGAAUUAUAAGCUGCCUAACAAGAGCAAAAUUGAAAUUUAUAUAUACAUUUAGGCAAAUAAUAAUAAUUAUACUUAA